AGCAAAGGAAUAUUUAAUCCUCUCAAACUAGGAUUUCAUGUGGAAAAUGAAACCCAUGCUUAGUUACAGUUGCAUCAUAACACUAGCGGGAUUCCACUAAUGUUGUUGCAUAAAGCCUCGCUUGCCCCUCCUGAGUGCACUAAAUAUAAAUGUGCAUGAGCAGCAGAAGCAUUUUUGCCUAAUAACUGAAUCAGCUAAAUAGUGUUUGUACUAAAAUUGUUUUUCCGGAUAUUACUUUGUUGAGUAAAGCUGUUCAUCAAACCGGAUAUAUAGGUGGAAUCAUAAUUACAUUUUCUCAUUAAUUUUAGAUGCUGUCUUGUUAUUUUGUUGCUUGCCUGAGAAGUUAAUGAUUCCACUUGUUACACUGUUCAAGUGUAUGUAUUUGUUUGGAAAACAGGAAUCUUUUUUCCUAAUAUUGUAACUUCAGUUAAAUGUUUCUGUGGAGUCCUACUUUUCUUAAGUUACUAACCAAUUCACCUUUACAGAAAACCUGGAACACUAAGUUCAUUCUUCUGAACUCUAUUGCAUUAACAUGGGGUUAUUGAGUCUUGGAAUGUAUUUUUCUGUGUGUAACAGACUGCACUAGUUAGCAGAAUGCUAUUCAGAAGGCUAAAUGCUUAUUAAGAUAAUUCUUUUUCUGUUGCUUGAGAUAGGUUAUAAAUUUCAAAAGAGACUGAUUUUUCUUUCUGUGCUGUAGCAUGUCUAUGGCUGUUGUGUAUUAAAGGUGAACUGCACUAAAUUGCCGGUCUAGAUGCCCCACUACUUAAUUCAGAGUUUGUAUCUGAAGCUCAUGAGUAUUUUCUGCAAAACUGAAACAGCCAGAUAGAAUGCUGGCUUGGGGUGUGUGUGUGUUGUUUGUUUUAUUUUUACAGCCUGUCAGUUCGUGAAUAGAAAGUGUUCAAAGGUUUCAGUGGUUGCGAGGAUGUGCGAAGCUGGUCUGUUCGAGGUCUUCUGGGCUGUUCUCCACUGCUGAUGUGCUUGCCUACUUUCACCUUUCUUGGAUGGGAAUAGGGCCAAAAACAAAUAGCUGCUGCAAGAACUCUUGCUUGUUCUGCUCAGUGGAAAAGAUGGCAAAAAGAAAUGUCCUCAUUACGGGUUGUUCCUCAGGAAUUGGACUGGCCUUAGCUGUAAAAAUGGCAAGAGAUGAACAGAAAAGAUUUAAAGUGUAUGCCACCAUGCGGAACCUGGCCAAGAAAGCGGCGCUUGAGGAGGCUGUAGGUGGCAGGCUGGGCAAAACCCUGGAGAUUAAACAACUGGAUGUCUGCGAUGAACAGUCCAUUAAAACUUGUGUGAAUAGUAUCCCCGACAGAAGGAUUGAUGUCUUAGUUAGCAAUGCUGGAAUGGGACUCAUUGGACCUAUUGAAUGUCAGACCAUAGAUGAAAUGAAAACUGUGAUGGAUACCAACUUCUUUGGACUGGUUCGGCUCCUGAAGGAGAUUUUACCUGACAUGAAGAAGAGAAAGAGCGGCCAUAUAGUUAUAAUAAGCAGUGUUAUGGGAAUACAAGGUAUCUUAUUUAAUGAUGUUUAUGCUGCCUCUAAGUUUGCUGUGGAAGGAUUCUGCGAAAGUUUAGCUAUACAAGCACUGAAGUUUAAACUGCAGUUAAGUCUGAUUGAACCAGGCCCAGUGGUCACAGAGUUUGAAAGAAAAGUUUUUGAUGAUGGAAUGAAAAUGGAUCUUUCAGCUGCAGACAAGGAAACAGCUGAAAUGUUUACUAACAUUUACCUUAAAAAUUACAAACAAAUUUUCCAGAGCCUGGGACAAAGUGCUGAGGAUGUUGCAGAGCACACAGUGAAGAUAAUUCUGGCAGAAAACCCACCUUUUCGCCAUCAGACCAACACCUUGUAUACUCCGAUGACAACUCUGAAGUACGCAGAUCCAAACGGAGAUCUACCCAUUGAUAUAUUCUACAAAAUGGUUUUUCAUCAUGACAAAGUCUUCAGUGCAAGUCUUAACUUUAUCAAACUGCUAAGGUGGAGAAGCAGAAAGAGCUUUGACCUGGGAAAAUCCUCACAAUAAAUACCAGUUUAUACUGUGUACAUCUGAAUCAUUUGUUCUAGCUACUGAUAACACAGUAUGCUGUUAUUAAUGUCUUCGCUCUGCAAUUGUUAAAAAGGCAUUCAAGAUGUUUGAGCUUAGCUAAGAUAUUCAGCUCAAUUCAUUUAUCUUGAACUUUACAGUUACCAGAACUUUGAAAGUAAAAUCCUCUAACUAUAGGUUUAGUCAGUUUAGCUCUUGUCUUUUACAGAGAUCUGUUUUCAUGGAAAUGUGAACAUUAACUGGAACUUGUUUUUAAUACUGCUCUGAUCUCCUUCACUUACUAGUCUAAAACACAACCUGAGAUGUGUACUGUAUGUAAAUUAGUUAUAGAUUCUCAAAUCAUAAAAAAUAUUUUAUCAUUUUGCUUAGUUGUAUAGUAAUCCCUCAAUCACAGUAGCAUCACCCUCUCAUACAAAACAUGUAAGAAAAGAACUCACCAAUCCUUUAAAAAGGUGUAAAUAGAAUACUUAAAUAUAUAGAAUUCUUAAAUAUAUAAUACUAUGAAUGCUUGCUUUAUAGGCAAUGGUUACUUGCUGACUACAGUUAGUGUACAAUAACAGUUUUUUAAAAAAGGAUCUCUAAAUAAAAUUUCUUCUUACUGUG